CGUGUGCGUGGUCUGUCGAAUUCUAAGCAUAUCGUAUCAAGCUUAAAUCUCUCGAGCACCAGUCACACAACCUUCAUUUUCACUUUCAAAACCUGCUUUUACCCAUGGAUAAUCCGACCGAAGCCGAACUCUCUAACCCAGCUUCACCUUCUCCAGCUCCUCCGGCUCUGGCUCCACCUCCUUGUACUGCUCCUGAUUUGGCUCCACAAGCAGUUACAUCUCAAGUAAUAGCUCCAAGUCAGGCGCCAGUUCCUGACCCGACCCCAAGUCAGGCGCCAGUUCCUGACCCGAACCCGAACCCAAACCCAGCGCCAGUUCAUGAACCGACCCCAAAGCCAGCGCCAGCGCCAGUUCCUGACCCGACCCCAAAUCCAGCUCCAGCUCCAGCUCCUGAUUCCACUCUAUCUCCCGUUCCGGCUGCCUCUACCACUACCCUUACGUCUCGGGUUUCUGAUAAUAUCUCUUUCUCAAAGAAAUUAGUGAAAAAAGGCCUUCCAGACAACCUGAUGUACAAGAAUCGUCUGCAAGAGUACACGCAAAAAUCAUCUUUACAGCUCCCUGUAUAUCAAACUGUCAAUGAAGGACCUGCUCAUAUGCCAAGGUUUAGAUCGACUGUGUGGGUAGAUGGAGCACGGUAUAGAUCCCAAAAAACUUUCUUGCAUCGAAAAGCAGCUGAACAAGAUGUUGCGAACCUUGCACUUGAGAGUAUCCUAAACAGAGUUAAGGAUGAAGGAUGUCCGCUUCUACUUGGGGUGUGUGAACAAAUUGACACGGUGUUUUGCAAAUCCAUUCUGAAUGAAUUUGCAGUGAAGGUGAAUCAGGAAAAACCUACUUACAACACUGUUCAGUCGCCUGGGCUGCUGCCUGUUUUCAUAUCUACUUUGGUUUUUGAUGGUGUAAGUUAUACUGGUGAUGCUGGCAGAAACAAGAAAGAGGCUGAGCAAUUGGCAGCACGUGCUGUGAUCCUUUCUCUUUUAGGUAAUUCCGGGUCAUCAAAAAUUCUUUAUGAAAUAAUCAAGUUUAAAAGAAAACUCUAUGCUGCAUUGGAUAGGGUCAAGGACCCAAGCCAUUCCCAACCCAACAUUGUACCUGUGGCAGUAAAAGUUGGACAUUGCUCUGAAACCACAGUCGAUCAAGAGCUAGAGGUAAGCACUGCUUUUGUUAGGGAUGCUGUACCAGUGAGUGCAAUUCCACCUGCAGCUUCAGGCAUGCAUCCUUCUCACCAUGACCCCAAGAGACCAAGACCAGAUCUACACCCUGUUUCAGAACAGCCUCUGGGUGUUGACUUUGGUUCUAGUUCAGCCAAAAAGAGGAGGAAGAACAAGAAAAAGGCUAACAAAGAAACUGAUACCCAGUUUCCUACUGAUGCAAUUCCUCUGAAUCAAGCAUCGCCUUGUUCUGUGGCCCAAUGAAUAGCCUGACCUGUUUUUUUCUGCUCCUGCCCGCAGUUAAUGACUCUUUAUGGGUAUGCAUGUUUAUUAGGUGUAUAUACUAAAACUCGUCAUUUGUUGUAAAAUAGGAUUAGACAUGAGACGCUAAUGGUAGGAACUAUGGUCGUUGUUCUGUAGAAAUAGUAUUUUUGUUGUUUUGUUUAUGAUUAUUGGUCUUCUAUGCUUCCUUUUUACUGAUAUGAUAGCUAACAACAAUAAAUGAGUGUAUACCCUAGGCUGCUUC